GGUUGGAUUGGUCGACCGCUAAGUAUGCUACACAACUAGUUCAUCUCUACACUGUAGAGGUCCCUGGCUGUCCACAGUCACUUGAAUAUACAAAACCUAUUGGUCGCCGUUGGUUUUACUUGCUGGUCUGGUUUAAUACCUUCAGUUUGGGAUGUGACACAGUCAGUGUCAUUAUCUUUUUGCCAGGCAGUUCUGCAGUAACCGGGAGGAGAGGGGUCUGGUGUAAAGGAUAGUACUAGAAUUUUUUAGAACCAAUAGCUCCGUGGCAUUGGACAACCCAGUCUGGAUUUUUGUCAUAAAUGGAUGCUGAUAGGCCUACCGUCAUCUUUAUGAUUAAUAAACACCACGGCAGGCACUAGUGUCACUGCCAAGUAAAUAAUUAACUGAACUGUGCCAUAACGAUUCCGCACUGAUUAAAUCCAUACAUUAUUUAUGGAACGCUACCUCUAAGCCAGGUCAUCAACCGCUCUGACUUCUGAGAAAGAGGCGGUACAGUCCCGGUGUCUGCUGCGCAUCUUUGGUAACGGACAUUCAAUCGAAGGGGGUAUCGGAUUCAGUGGAAUGUUGUCAAGAGAUUACUGAGAAAACUUGCCGGUCUUUUUUUGUUUAACGUGAAUCAACAGAUCUUAUUCGAUCAUUGGAGUUAUUGAUUUUCAUUCCUCCCGUCGCGCGACAGGUGAGGUGACUGAUUCCUUGGCGCGAUUGGAGACGGUCCCUUGAGCGCUUGGGAACGCAGUUAAGGACAGUCCGGGAGGAAUGUUUAUUGCAGAAGACUAGAGAAGAGAAAAACUGAAUUCCUAUUCUGUGUGUGGAUUUUUGCUGUUCAGCCUUAAUAGAAUAUCCCCAAACCAACUUUGGGCAGGCUGGCUGUUUCUUAUCCUAAUACCCUGUCAGAAAUCAGUGGGAGAAUGCAGCAAACAACAGAUCAGCAACAACCACCGCCACAAAGAACACAAACACCAGAUGAACUGGGUCCUGCAGUCCAGUAUGCCAAGCGGAGAAGGACAGCAUUAUGGGUGACCAUCUCACUCCUGGGUCUAUCCGUGGUGGCGCUGGUGGUGGGUCUGGUCUCUGCCAUGCGAACCAGAAAUGUGGCCGUCGCUGGAUACUACCCUGGGAUCGUCCUGAGUUUUGGAGCAUUCUUGGGGAUCGUUGGAAUUAACCUGCUAGAGAACCGCAGACCCAUGCUCAUUGCAGCCAUCAUCUUCAUCAGUUUGGGAGUCAUCGCCUCCUUCUUCUGUGCCAUCGUGGACGGCAUCAUCGCCUCUGAGUUUAUUGACAGAAGGCCCCUGCUGGAAGACAGGUGUGAGCACUACGUUAGCAGGUCGGGUUACACAUACGACAACUACUACACUGAGGUAACUUGCAGUGUGGGCAACAGUAAAUGUAAACUGAGGUUGAAGAGCAACACCUGCUACUGCUGUGACCUGUACAACUGUGACAGUCCAGACUAUCACACCCAGUACUAUGAGUUCACGGGGGUGAAUGCUUGCUGGGACGUGAUUCAUCUCUAUCGGCUGCUGUGGUCCAGUGUGGUGCUCAACGUUCUGAGUCUGUUCCUGGGCAUCAUCGCUGCUGCCAUCCUGGGGGCCUACAAGGACCUGAACCCGCCCAGCAAGAUAAUCUCCAGCCCCGCCCCACCCCCCCACAUCCUCUACAACCCUAACCAGCAUGUGAUGACCUAUGCCAGCUUCUGCCCCAACGGACAGGCCCUGCCUGCCUACCCAAACUACCCUGCACUGCCCAUGCAGCACCAUAGCAGUUACCAAGGCCACUCCAACUCCCAGCCCGUCGUGGAGAUGACCCUGACACCCUCCUCCCCAUCAGAGGAAAGCCAGCCCCCCUCCCAGCCGUCCUCCCAGACUGGCUCCCAGGAGCCCGGUCAGAGCUACACAAUGACUCCCAACGCCCCUGCCCUCUACCCUGGCCUCGUGUACGGACCCUCUGGCUUCGAGAAGCCCCCUCCUUACGCCUGUUGAAGACCUUCUUUAACAAUCCUCCAACCCCUAACAUUCAACCUUUAACCCCUAACCUUUAAGCCAGAGGAAGAGAGACCCAGGGGUUGAGAAACAACUCCUAGCAUGUCACCAACAAUGUUCUGAAGGAGUUAGGGUGUGAUGGCUUCCCUUCCAGUCAAUCAGAUAUAGCUCCCAUAUAAGAAAUGCUGAGUAUCUUUCCAAUCUAUAGCUCUUCCCACCUGGCUAUACUUCUUUUACUUCAGAACUGCAUACAAAAAAUAGUUAGGUACUACGGGCCGGGAAACAAGUGACUAGCAGACUAAGGGUUUAAAGGGGCUGAAGCUUGAUUCUGAACUAGUACAGAGAAUAUAAGACACAUGGCCUGAAAGACCGGACUAGAGAUGACCUUUGAACUGUAAGAAUGUAGUAGUGUAGUAAUUCAAUAAUACAGGGACUUGUUUGAACCAAUCACGUUUUAAAUGCCCUCAAAUGCAGAGAUGUUUACCCUUGGUAUUUUGGUGUGUUAGUUAUCAAUCUCUUAUGAAAUAUUAUGAAACAGUUGUUAUAUUUAUUCCAUUCCUUAUGAUGUCAUACAUAUUUGCCUUUCACACAAAUCCUCUGUACCACUUGGCUGAUUGGAGCCAUUUAUUUAUUCACCAGGUGCUUUUAUUAAACUGGCGCCUUCUACAUGCAGUAAAUGAGUUGCAUAUAAAACAUAUUAAAUGAUAUCCUUAACCACCAGACUAGGUAAUGACUCCAAAUACUGUCACCAGUCUGUCUUGGUUUAAUGUCUCCCUACUGUAAUUUCUUCAUACUUUAUAGAAUCAUGUAUUGCAAAUGUUGACAUGUGACACUUUUCUUGCUCUGUCUUCCACCACUUUGGAUUUGAAAUGACACCAUGACCAUGUGGUUUCAGACCAGACGGUCAGGUCGAUUUUAAGGUAUUUCUAUCCAUAUCCGAUGAACCAUUCACAAAGGGACGGCACAAUUUCUGUGUAUUCCCCGAUACCAGGGAACCAACGCGUAUUUAAGCAAUAAGCCACGGGGGGGGGGGGGUCACUUAGAGCUGUUCUUAGGCACGACGCAUCAGAGUGCCUGGACACAGCGCAAACCCCCAAGAUGCCUUAUUGUUUUAAUAAAUUGGGUACCAAGGCAACUAGAGCAGACAAAACGCUGGGAUGUCCUAUCCAGUGUCGACACUGGGCGGGUCCUCAAUUUGAAUCAGGUCAGGUGACUGACCUGGCCAAUCAGAAACUUUGGCCCUCAAGAAACUCUUAGCCGUGUCAGUGUGUUUGUGUCGCAUGAAGGCCGGCCCGAGGAGUUUCAGGCAUGUAGUUGUAUCUGAAUAGACAAGAUGUUUCGGUACCUUUCAGAUGUAAGCGGUCACAUCAUCAGUGAAAUUCCUGUGGGCGCCGUCAACAUUUUCAGGGGCAGUGCCUUUUCUUCCUCCACACCCAUCCUUCCCAUCGCCCUGACACAGGUUCAUCAUCUCAUCUGUCCAAAAAACUUUAUUCCAGAACUCUACAGGCUAUUUUCUUUUGGGGGUGGGUAAUAUGUCCAUUCUGUUACCGGGGUUACUAGUUUGUCUGGUAUAAUUUCUAAAUGGUUCAACUGAGAUGGAUAAAAUACCCUCAAUUUAAAGUAGAUAGACAGCACAUCCCCAGUGUCAUGGUAUAAUGACAAAUACAUAGUGAUAGAAUACAAAGACAGAAAAAUGCUAAUCAUCAGUCUAAAUACUUUUAAGAGUUAACUGUAUAUACACACUCAUGUAUAUACAGACAAAAACACAACUCCCACAGCAGACUGAUUAACAAGGAUGUAAGAGAACCAACCGUACUGUCUCACGGUGACCUCCUGAUAUUAAAUGUUGUACAAGAUAAAAACACUGAACGACAUCAUGGUGCU